GUUGAUGAUGACAUGACAGCCAAGCUAGCUAUAUCAAUCAGCUGUUCAAGAAUAAAGCUGAGCGAAAGAGGACAAGUGCACAGCUAUUUUUCAGAGCUUCUGAUUAUCAACAUUGCAUUGGUUUUAGCCUGUCAAAAUGUGGCGUUCAUCUACGGUUAAAAUGGUGUUAGCUGGAGGAGUGGUUGCUGCUAGUGCUGUAGCUGUAGCAGCUUACAUGUCGAGGAGUAAAACAAAAAAGGCUGUCAUUAACUACAUGAUCAAAGAGUUCCAGAUGAAGCAUGUUCAUAUACGAGAUCCUGAGAGAGUAGAAAGGAUUGUCACAGAGCUCAUCAAAGAUGGGCAUGGCAACCUACAGGUUGUGUCAGACUUUGACAGGACGAUAACAAGGUUCAUGUUUGAAGACAGGAAGGUACCCACAUGCCAUGGUGUCUUAGAUGAUUGCCCAGCUCUGCCAGAAAGCUACAGGGACAAAGCAAACAAGCUACGAGCUAAAUACUUACCUCUUGAGUUUUCCAAUAAUCUUUCUAUUGAUGAGAAAUAUAACCUCAUGGUAGAAUGGUGGACAAGUGCACAUAAUCUGCUAGUGGAUGCUGGCCUCAAGCGAGCAGACCUGAAAGAGAUGAUUGCCAAAUCAGGCAUGGUGCUAAGGGAAGGCAGCACAAAGCUCUUCAAGCAGCUUAAUGACGCUGAUGUACCUUGCCUUGUAUUCUCUGCAGGAAUAGGGGAUGUCCUAGCCGAAGCCAUCACUCAGUUCUCAAAGUUCUUUCCAAAUAUGCAGAUUGUUUCAAAUUUCAUGGACUUUGAUGAACAGGACAACCUAGUAGGGUUCAAAGGUGAAAUGAUCCACACGUACAACAAGCAUGAGGUCGCUGUCCAUCAUCCAGAAUACUUUGAGCGUCACAAACACAGAACCAACGUCAUCCUCCUAGGAGAUACACUGGGUGAUCUGACAAUGGCAGACGGCAUGCCACAGGCUAAGAAUGUUCUUACCAUUGGCUUCCUAAAUGAUCAUAUUGAUCAGAACCUUGAAUCAUACAAAGACAGCUUUGACAUAGUUCUAAUAUCAGAUGAAACAAUGGACUUGCCCAAUGCCAUCCUCCAGAAAGUAUUAUAAGGAUAAUUAUCCAUGUCAUUACCUAUGACAGCACGUCUCGUGAGACUAGAAAGAUGGAACACUCUUGUCUUCAUCUACAGAAAGUAACUCCAUUUCAUCCUUACACACCUGCAGUCUCACUUUACCAGGGUCAGCCUAACUCAGUAUCGCUUGGUGAAAAAAAUUGUCUCAAGAGGUGAAGUGCAAGCUACGUACUGGACCUGUAAAUAACCAUAAAUAUCAUGUCUUCUUGAUUUUCCUCUUGAUUUUUUUUUUUUUUUGGGGGGGGGGGCAUCAGAUUUUACACACUCCUAUGAAAUAAUCUUCAGUUUGGGUGUUCUGAGAAAUGUAACUAAUGCAAAACUUUAACCAAGUGUUUGCAAUCGAUUCAGCUCUCUUGGAUAACUCUGCAACAGUUUUCUGCCCAGUCUGGGUUGACCCUAGUACUGAGUUAGCCCAGAUUGAUUUUACCAACAUGGUGCAGAAAGGAUUAUCACCUUUCCCCAAAUCUUCAGCCACAUGAAACAUUUGAACCCAUUGAUGAUGGUACUCCAGAUUCUAGGUUAGGCUCUGUUGAAAAGUAUGUGUUUACCAAAACUAAACAAUGUUCAAUGAAUUUAGAAACAAUGCUUUGUACUGCUUGUUUUUAUAAUUUCUACAUGCAAAUCAACAGGGCAUUGAAAUUGCGAUUUUAUUAUUGGUAUGUACACUAAAUCAAGUUUUUACUGGGGAUGUACUUGUGAAUGCACCUCGUGUUCAUUUUUAUCAUUUUUAGGAGAUAUUGACUUUCUUUCAUAAUUAAUCAUGAGAUAUAGAAAUUCUUUAUAGCUUGUGGAUGUCGAGGAUGGUAAUUUGGGCUAGAUUAAUAGUUUAUGCUGGAAUAUUAUUGAAACAUAUCUGAAUUCCCCAUGGAUACUAAUUUAUACCUAAUUUAAGUGAACAAACAUGACAGUGCUAUCAAAGAUGUAGAGGAUAUUUUCUUAAGUGUUCUGUUUGGAAAUGAUUGAAAACUGAUUACAAUGAUUAAAAGCAAUCAUGGGAAGUGAUAUCCUUUAUUGUCUUGCAACAAGAGUUAGCAGAAAUGUAGAAAAGACCGGUGUUACCUUGAUCUGUUUGCUAGUUUAUGGGCUCAUUAAUCAUUUUGAGUACACAAAGAGAGCAAUCAAAAACAUGAAUAAAUGAAUGAAUGAGUAGGGUUUCCCACUGCAUUAUAUUUGUAAAUAUUCAAUAUUUUUAUAUGUGAGGAAAAGAAGUGUAAACGAAGUAUAGAUGCUUGUAUAAAAGCAAAUUGCAUGUAGUGCUAGCUAUAUUUUAGUAGGAGUAGAUACAUCUUUCAUACAUUUUGCUGCUACUGAAAGUUUUAUUUCUUAUUUGUCAUCAAAGUGCAUGAAAUGAAUGAAAGUGUAUGUUAUAGUACCGGUAAUCAUAACUGUUUUUAGGUGAUUUACUAUUUUUUUUAAUUUCCUUUUUUCAUUUAGAAGAUUUAGUUAGAAAUUGCACUUUUAGUAUUUUAUCAUAUUUAUUGGGAUUGAGGAUAAUUUUUAAAGAAACAAUUAUUAAUUUAAACCUGGUCCUCUUGCCUCUGUGUGCUUAAUUAUUUUUCUUGAUUAAGAUGGAUACAUGUGCCUUUGUAAAUGUGUUUAUUCAGACAAAAAGAAGGACAAAAUCACUCAAUUACAAAUUCAAUGUGUGUUGCUGUAUUUUGAUAUCAGCUCCAGCAAUAUAGUUAAAUUUAAUCCUUGAGAGUAAAUUUUUUAUCAACUUUGGGGCACAGAAGGGGUUUGAACUCUUCACAGGUUGAAAUACUGUUGGUGUUGAUGUCAGAAGAGAAAAAAUAUUGUGUUUGAUAACUUCGAUAGCAAUUAUUGAAUUCAUAAAAAAAAAUUGCUGCUGUUAUUUGGAUUUUUCAUAUUUUAUUAUACUCUCUCUGGAAAAUGAGCUCCCAUAUACACAAAGGCCUACUUGCCACCUUAUGAACCAGUAAAUAUAUAUUAUUAUUUUUUUUUUUUUUUUUUUUUUUCUUUUUUUUCUGGCAAUACGUAUUAUAAUUCUUAUUUUUUAUUUUUUCAUUUUAUUCUCUUUGCACAGAGUAGUAUGCACAUUAUAAGGUGACAAGUCUUUUCAAGAGAAAUAUUAUCUGCAACCAAAGAUCUUGAUUAAAUGAGAUAUAAUGUUAUGAUGUAGACAGUAUGAUUUUACAAAUCGCAUGCCAUUCGUAUCAGUAUUUUUAAUUUGUAUAAGAACGGUUUGUGUGGUGUUUUGUUGUCGUGUUCCAUAUUUUUAUGUGUUUAAAUCUUCCUUUUCAACCAUUAUUGUUUUAUUGUGGUCAAAUAUGACAGAAUGUUGUCGAUAUGAAGUGGAAAGUUUUCAGGUUUUUCUCACAUUUAAAACAGCUUCCCCCACCCCCCACCCCCCCUCCAAUAAAAAAAACAACAUUUUUUAGCAUGUAGAUAUAAAUAGAAUAAUAUAUUCGCACAAAUAAUGGCAAAGUCCAUGUUGAAAGAUAAGGAUUAAUUGCUGUUUUAUAUAUUUUUUCAUCAUCAGAUUCAUGACCUUCUCUUAAUGAUAUAGGUAUGUAAUAUUAGUUUUCAAGUAUAAGAAUUAUUUGCAUUUGCAUAUGUUGUUAACCACUUUUAGAUUAUGAACAUAAAUCAAUAAUAGUUAAAUACGCAAUUCAGUUGUAUAUUUGCUUAGAAUAUUACAAGAAUUAUGCAUCUUGAGUAAGUAUAAACAACUAUAAAAGAUUUAUUUCAAGUGCUAUUUAUGGCACAAGGUAGCAAAAACUGACACUUCUUUACCCUAUGUGCAAUUGAGGGAGAGUUUCAAUGAAAAUAUGUAUUGCUGAUUGUGUGCUGCAAACAUUUCCUGGAAAUUACCAUGCCCUAUUUAACAUAUUAAGUACUUUAGCUUCCGAAAUUCUUUUUUCUUUCUGUAUUAUUAAAUGGUAUAAGUAUGAUGUCAUAGUUUGGCAAGUACAUGAGUCGAUUUGGAAUAGUUAAAGUGUACCUAUCAUCCCCCCCCCCCCAAAAAAAAAAAUGAAUACAAAAUUGUCUAUAGCUAGAACGUAUCAAAAUCAACCUGAAAAGAAAAAAAAUUCACCUGAAUUUCUAAGGACUAUUGGUUAAAGAAAAAAUAACUUAAAACCGCACACACACACAAAAACCCAAUUUAGACUCGGGUUCCGGCCUUGCAGGCCCUCUUCUUUGUGGUCAAGUCAAGUAGUAUAUAUGCAAGUUGCUUUUAUGUUACUUGAGAGUGUAUUUGAACUUUCAAAAUACAAGAGUAAUAUUUGAAGUUCGUAUUUUGAAUAUCUUUCUACGACCUAAAACUACUAUCAUAUAAAAUAAAGUAUUUUUGAUAUGAUGAUUGGUAUUGGAAUCUCAUUUUUUAAGAUAGAAAAAUAUAUCUUUUCCAAUACCUUCCUAUUCUCAUAGAUUGUUGUUUGUAAAGCUGUAACUUCAAUGUAUCUUCAGCUAUCAUAAUCAUGAAAAAAAGAUAGAGAGCACCUCUGCCAUUUUUUUUAACGGUCUCGUACCAAUCGUGACAUGGGUAUCUAAGAAGUGUUUGCAGGUGCAACUUUUUUAAUAUUGUGUGUACUUAUAAAUAGCCUUAUGACCCUUGAUUCAAUCAUCAAAUUAUAUUGACAAUGUUUUAUUUCCACAAUCUUCUAAUGCUAUGCAAAGCUGUUUAUAAGUUCCACUACUGUACAGUUACAUAGUCAUUGAUGUGUUUGUAAACAUGUAUAUGUCAUUCUCUACAUUUUGUAUAUUUAUCUUAAUAUAUAGAUAAAUUUGGGUCAGAAUAAACUUGUUUCACUUCUUUAUGCAA